GGCUAGGAGGAAGUGGGGUAGAUCUGCGAAGUACGACGAGUGUGGGGAGGGAAGAUAAUUUGCUAAUUUUUUUACCCCAAUGUAAUAUUUUUAAACUCAUUUUUAGUUGAUCCGGUUUGGCACAAGUUUUAAUCCAGAGCGUCUUGUCGAAGUUCAUCAUGAAAGUACUGGUCGUUAUUUUGUCGCUUAUUGGCAUCUGCUCAGGGUCGUCAAAGCAGUGGCAGUUAGACGUCAACUUCGAUAAUCCCAACAACUGGGACAGUGGAAAGACACCAUGUGCCACCAACAGGAUCGUUUUCCCCGAAACAGUGACUGCCGUCCUUUUCCAGACCAACAUCAGUUCCGUGAAGGAAGUCGUGCUGCCCAAGGAUGGCGUGAUUAUGAUGCCGAACGACAUGGUUCUUACUUUUUCUGACGAUGUUGCUGCUGACCCAGGAUGUGAUGGGGGAGACAUCAAUUUUGUGCGCACCGACCCAGCCAGCUGGUUUGACCCUGACAACUGGCAGGAUUUGGAUAACCUGGUCUCGGUGGAGUCGGAGAGAGUUCCUUGUACGUACGAUGCGGUCACCUUCCCGGAGGACAAGCUGUUCAACGUGGAGUUGGAUAGCAGCGUGACUAUAGGGACCAUGAGGUUCUCUGGACAGGACUAUACCACCAGUUCGUUCAGAACCUUCCUGAGUUCUGCUACUGGCCAGAUGCAGUUUUCUAGUACCAGUGGCUCAGUCAACAUUCAAGGCAGCGCUUGCCCGGUCACAAGCGGCUGUGCAUGCGGCAAUGACAACGAGGACGUGUUGGCAAAGAUCUGCAACCAGUACAACUGUUUGGCGACAUCAUGCAGUGAGGCGGUCACACCAGUAGGAGGCUGCUGUCCACAGUGCGGUGCCAUCCUGACUAUGGAGUACUCGGCCAACUUCAACCUGGCGGCGUUUAAGACGAGGGUUCAUGAUGACUACCACAUACACGACAGCCAGGCCGCCCAAGGGACCAGGAAACGGCGCGAGCUGGACACGGGGGAGGUGGAUACCUACACAUCCAAGACCAGCGACAAUAAAAUACAAAUGGUGCUGACUGACAAGGCAGCAGGGUCAAGCAGCGGGCUGACAGCUAUUAACCUGGCCCAGACUAUCAUGACAGACAUGCAGAACGACCCUGCAUCUUUCGGCAUUACCAGCGUUGUCAUGAAAUCUUCCCAACGAGGCACAGGGGCCCAGACCGGCCUCAGCGGUGGGACUGUGGCUGGUAUCAUCAUUGCCGUCAUCGUCAUUGUCGUUGUCAUCUGUACUCUGGGCUUCCUUGUCAUCCGACGUCGCUCCACUUUCUUCACCAAGGACCAGCCUCUGCAUGCAGACAUGGAGGUUGCCUCAGACAUUCCCGUGGGCUUCAUGGAAGAGAUUCCAGGCCAGCCGGCUGCCAUGUACAUGCAGAGCUUUGACAAUCCUGUCUACACUGUACCCGGGGCAAAGGAGAACCUGUACGAUGACCCGACCCGCGUGGCCACCGUGGACCUGACAGACAUAGACACCGAGGAUCUCAAGGCCGGGGCCAAGAAGGGAAGCAAGAAGGGCAAAGGCUUGCCCCCCGAGACCCUCUCCGCGGGCUUCGACAACCCCAACUAUGCCAGCGUGAUGGAGACUGGCAUGGAUGACUUCACCAUUGAUGACGAGAAGGACGGGGCCAUGGGAGUGGACAUCUCCAAGAUAGAGUCCGAGUCCUAAACAGACCAUCCUGUGUUGGAAUUGGAGGAAUGUUAUGUGGAUUGACUUGAUGCACCAGUACUGACUACGAUUUCCGGAAUUUAGAGUUUUACAUCUAUACAAGUGAUUUUUUACGAUUGAUUUUAAUGUAGGAUUAGAAUUCCUCUGAUAUGCAUGCAUGAAGCUUUUUAAUGGUCCUAUCAUCUGUACCAAUAAUCAGAUUUUAAAGUUUGUCAUAACUUUUUUUCAAGUUAGUACUGAUUUUAUAAUUACAUUCAUAAGUGAUUUUCAACCAAUUUUUUAUACCUUUUUACAUUAUACUCUCUGAUUUUCAAAGUGUACUCAGUGCUUAUAACGCGAAAUGUCAGUUGACUUUGAUUACUCAGCUUCUUUGAUGCUUUGAAUAUUUUAGAUUAAACCAGUCAAACAGACUUCUUUUGACUUUUGUGGUCGACAGAAAGGGCCAUAAAUUGACC